ACUCACGUGAACCAGCAUAGCUACCUUCACAUGCACACAACACAACAAAAAAACCCCUCUUUUAUAUGCACUAUGCAGGCCUCCAUUAACUCUUCCUCUCUCUUUUAGCUUUACUUUCCUUUCUUUUUCUUUUUCUUUUUCUUUUUCUUCUUCUCCCUGGAGCUGUGAAAUGGAUUUUCCUUCUGCUCCAUCUUCUUUCUAUGCUUUUGGGUCUUGUUUCACAUUCUUAGUUCUAGUUCUGGUUCAGCCACACAUAGCUUCAUCAGCUCUGCUACUGGGGUUGAAGAACCACAAUAACCACCACCAUAACAGGAGGCCAUUUCUUCAGGCUAACCAAAGCACAUGUGCUCUGUUUAUGGGCACCUGGGUUCGUGACGAUGCAUAUCCCUUGUACCAGUUCUCUGAUUGCCCCUUCAUUGAUGCUGAAUUCAACUGCCAAAUGUACGGUCGACCCGACACUGAUUACCUCAAAUAUCGUUGGAAACCCACCAAUUGCGAGCUUCCAAGGUUCAAUGGACUCGAGUUUCUGCUGAGAAUGAAAGGCAAGACUGUGAUGUUUGUAGGUGAUUCUCUGGGGAGAAACCAAUGGGAAUCGUUGGUUUGCAUGAUUUCGACUGCAGUGCCACGAUCACCAACCCAGAUUAUCAGAGGAGACCCCCUCUCAACCUUGAAGUUCUUGGAUUAUGGUGUGGCUGUCUCAUUUUACAGAGCACCAUAUCUGGUGGACAUAGAGGCAGUUCAGGGGAAGAGAGUCCUAAGGCUGGGUGACAUCUCUGGAAAUGGUAACGCAUGGAGAGGGGUCGAUGUACUGUCAUUUAACACAGGUCACUGGUGGAGUCACAAGGGAUCCCUCCAAGGGUGGGAUUACAUAGAAAUGGAUGGGACAUUGUAUCAAGAUAUGGAUCGUUUGGUUGCUUUUGAGAAAGGAUUGAGAACAUGGGCGAGAUGGGUUGAUACCAAUGUUGACAGAACCAGAACCAGAGUUUUCUUUCAGUCCACUUCUCCCACCCAUUACAACCCAUCUGAAUGGAGUGCUGGGGCAGUGACAACAACAAAGAACUGCUACGGUGAGACUGCGCCAAUGAGUGGAAUGACUUAUCCAGGAGCAUACCCAGAUCAAAUGAGGGUAGUGGAGGAAGUAAUGAGCCAAAUGAGUGGCCCUGUAUAUUUGCUGGACAUAACAUUGUUGUCUGAGAUGAGGAAAGAUGGGCAUCCCUCAAUCUACAGUGGGGAUCUGAGCCCUGCGCAGCGAGCUAACCCUGAUCGGUCUGCUGACUGUAGCCAUUGGUGCCUUCCUGGAUUGCCUGAUACUUGGAACCAACUAUUCUACACUGCUUUAUUCUUCUAAUCUGCUAGUGUUUGUCAUUUCUUCUUUAUAUAUAGUCACACAUCCCAUGAGAGGGUGCCAAACUGCACCUCUCUCUCAUGUAAAUUAGUCCAUUGGAGAUGUGUAUUGUUUCUGAAAAAUAUAGUUAGUUUCCUCUUCUAGGUGUUCUUAUCAUCAAACAUGUAAGCUUCUCGCUUAGUUGGUAACAGAUGCAUUUGGGAAAUCUUAGCUCUUCUUGAAAUCAAAGAAGAAGAAUGGAACUCUUCAAUUUGUUCUGAAUUAACUUUCAUUGGCUUCAUUCUAAGCAAAUGAGACUCCAUAUUUGA